GCCAUGGCUACCAGAAUUCAAAACCUUUAGGACAAAACCGUAGGCCUCAGAAUGGCUGUGCUCAUUCCAGAAAAUGUUUCAGACGAAGUAGAAGAUCCCAAUGUCUGUCAGGGUUCAGAUUUAAUUCAACUUCUAAAAGUUGUGUAGAUAUCAAUGAAUGCAGUGAGGAUCCAGGGAUCUGUCAACACAGCUGUAAUAACACAAUUGGAGGGUACCAGUGUGUCUGUCCCCCAGGCUAUAAGUUAGGAAGAAAUGGCAGGAAUUGUGUGGAUAUUAAUGAAUGCAUCACAUCCAGUAUUGACUGUGGACCAGAGAGGAUGUGCUUCAACAAGAGAGGUGAUGUCAGCUGUAUAGAUAUUCCCUGUCCUGAUAACUACACACGGGAUCCACUUACAAAAUACUGCGUGUUGGAGUGCGUGGAUUCCUCUCUAUGUCCAGAGGGCGCUAAGUAUGCUGAUGUCAUUGAGUUCCGAACUCUGGCUCUCCCCAGUGGAAUUUUACCUCAGCAGGAUUUAAUUAGACUCACUGUGUUGAAUCAAAAUAAUGUUAAAAUGACUAAGAAUGACUUUAUUAUCCUGGAGAAUGACCCUAAAGUGAAUUUCCAGUUGAGGCUCCACGAGGGGUCAGGGAUUCUGUUCACAGAGCAACCCCUAGAAGAGCUAGAGACGUAUAAAAUCAAAGUGAGAGCCAAAUCUUAUAACGCCGUAACAGGGGUCUUACAGUAUCAAACUACAUUUAUGAUUCAUAUAUCAAUUUCAGCAUACCCAUAUUGAUUAUAGACUGUGUACCUGUUUGAUUUUAUAUUAAUUUUUUAUAGUUGAUGAUUUCAUUUUGAUAAUGAAUGAUAAUUUUUUGUAUUUUUUUUUUGGUGGGGGGGGAGUCAUUAAGUGUAAAUAGCAUUUGUCUUUUCUACUUUAUGUGUGUGUGCAAUAAAUUUGGUAAUAAUUGAUGUGUACUACUAUUUUUUUUUCUUUGUGCCAUUCUUUGUACAUCUCCUGACAUAUAUGUAAAUAGCUUGAAAACAUGAAACAGGUACUAACUUAUACUAGGACAAAUACUCCUGUUACUGAUUUAUAUAUACAGAUCAAUUGUUAUAUUUUAAUGAUCUGUCUUGACACAAGUGUAUGACGAUUUCUCAUUUAAUUGUUUUAAACCUCAUUCUAGUAUGUUGAACAUAUUCAGAAAAUAUACUGUAAACAACAGAGUGUUAAUUGACUGUUUGUUUACCCUUCAGAAAACUGAGAGAGCUCAUUUUUUUAAAAAAUUUAAUAAUGAACUUGAUUUAAUUCAGUUUUAUUUUUAAGUUUUCUUUUUGCCAUGUAAAUAGACUUUUAAAAUGUUUCAAAUCAGACUUCAUUUUCCAUUGAAUUAUUAUAUACCUUAUGUGUAUCACUCAAUUUUACUGUUGAUUUUACGCAAUUACUUGACGUUGUAAUCCGACUUUCCGGAUCAUCAACUCGACGUGAUACGACCCUUCGGAUCAAGUAACUGUUUUAAUAAUAUAUAUUUAUCAUCCAAACUAACAGUAAGAGUGAGUUUUAAGAGCUGAUAAUGAAUGAACUGUUACCUGUGCUCUGUUUUAUGGAUAUCAAUUCCAUUGUGAUCAUUUUAAGUUGCUGAGUACUUUGAAGGCAUGUUGACUCAAAGGAAUUUAAAAUACAAAGUAGAGAUGAUCAGUUUGUGGAAGUGUCAGUAAUUUGUAAUAAAUUCUCUCCCACAUUA